AUGUCUGCCAUUCGCAAGAAUCUAUGUUCGCACAUAACAGAAGAUGUUGCUGGUAAACUUAAAUCAGCAGGUAUUAAAACAGUUGUGGAUUUUGUAAGAAUGGACAUGGAACAUAUUGCUCAAGAGACUACGAUACCGUAUAAGGAUCUUGUAGUCAUCAGAAGACUUCUACUGGCCCAGUUUUCUACAUUCCCAGUAAAUUGUGCAGACUUCUAUCAGACAGCCAUUGCCUCAUCAUCCAUCAUACCAACACCAGUUAAUAAGUUAAAUGAAUUGCUGGAAGGUGGACUGUACUCGUCAGAAAUUACAGAGGUAGCUGGAGAAAUAUCGUCAGGUAAAACACAGUUUUGCCUGAGUUGCUGUGUUUCCGCGGUGAGUACAGCGAAGCAGAAUAUUGUGUACAUUGACACGUGUGGCGGGUUCUCUGCGGACAGACUUGCAGGAAUCGCUGAGGUUCAGUACGGAGAGGAACAGUUAGAGCAUAUCCUGCAGUCAGUGAAAGUUGUGGAGGCACAUGACAUAUUUCAACUUAUGUCAGCAUUGGAAACAGUCAAGGAAAAUAUGAUUAAAAAGGAUGACCCAUUUUAUGAUCUGGUCAAGCUGAUCAUUGUGGACAGUGUUACAGCAGUUAUCUACCCCUCCCUGGGUGGACAGCAGAUGGAUGGACAUGGUCUUAUGGUUCAGCUCUCUCUGAAAAUCAAGCGUUUGGCUGCAGACUUCAGCUUAGCUGUACUGAUUGUUAACAAUGUAACAGGGGAUGGAAAAGUCAGCCUGGGUAAGACUUGGUCACAUGUCCCCCACAAUAGACUGCUCCUCUCACUUGCCAGGGACCAGAAACCAAAUGUUAGAGAGGUGGUGUUGGUGAAAAGUUCAAAGUCGGCAACAGGUGGGAAGAUCAUGUUAGAAAUUACAGAAAAGGGGACUGAAGACAUUAAAUGAACCUCUUUUUAAC